CAACUCAAAACCUUUUAUAUAUAAAUUACAGUAAACAUUAUCACUUAUCAGCAAAUUCUAGAGAGUGAAGUUUGUUUCUUUGAGAGUGAAAGAUAGAGUUUUGCAGGAGAGAGGGAGAGAGAGAGACAGUUUUCUUGGAGUGAAAUAAUGUGGAGGAGAGAGAAAAUAUUGGGAAAUGGAGGUUCUGCAAUCGUGUAUCUGGCUACAGUUGUUUCACCACCAAGAAGUAAUGAACUACUACCUUCUCUCAUGGCUACCAAAUCUGCCCCUGUCAACAAUUGCCAAUUACUUUCCAUCGAAAGAGAGUUGCUCAGUCAGUUUGAAGGUUGCCCUCACAUUCUUCGCUGUUUUGGGGACGACGUUGCGGUUGAAGACGGAGAGCAAUGGUACAACAUCUUGUUUGAGUAUGCCACUGGUGGAAGUUUGGCUGAUCCCAUUCAGAGUUACGGCAGUGGACUACUCGAGACAGAGGUCAGACAAUACACAAAUUCUGUACUUCUGGGUCUGAGUUACAUUCGCAACAAGGGUUGUGUUCACUGUGAUAUCAAGCCUCAUAAUAAACUGCUUGUGGAUGAAAAGGAUGACUUGUCGUUAGUUUUGAAUGGAAAGAUGAAUAUGGUCCAAGAAAGAACUGCAAAGAUUACUGACCUAGGGCUUGUAAAGAAGGCUGGAGAGAGCUUGACAGAAAAAGGAAGAAAGCUUGGAAUCAGAGGCACUACACUGUAUAUGGCCCCGGAGUCCAUUCGCCAUGAAGAUUAUGAACCAGAAGUCGACAUAUGGGCAUUAGGGUGCAUGAUUUUAGAGCUAUUAACUGGAAAAGAACCUUGGAAGUGCGACCGGAAUACAGAAAGAGUAACUAUCUUGUUUAAAAUAGCAAGUACACAAGAAAUACCUGAAAUUCUGAGUGGGUUCUCAGAAGAGGUUGAAGAUUUUCUAAAGAAGUGCUUGGUUAGGGAUCCAAAGUCACGGUGGACUGCCGAUAUGCUCCUAGGCCAUCCCUUUGUUUUGGCUGCAGAUGGUGUUUUUACCGGGAGUAUCAGAGAGGAAAGAAACAGAGUUGUUCAUCCAAAAACAGCAUAAGGUAUUCUUCAUUCAUCAUUCUUGAGUACAUUCAACCUUCCCAAACCUUAUUUGCUCAUGUCACAUUUAGCAUCAAAUGGAUAAGUACCUAAUAGUUGCAUGGCCACAA